AGACAGACGCUAGAUGGCGCGCGAUAACACUGCAAUCGUGUGCACCUGCUUCAUAAAACAGAGGAAGAAUUGCCCCGGAAGUUACUGUUUUGUUUAUUCGUUGUGUGCGAGCUCUACGUGAAUUCGCAACCGAGUGAUUUGGCAUCAAUGGGUCGUAGAAAGUCAAAGCGAAAGCCUCCUCCUAAGAAGAAAAUGACUGGAAACCUGGACACACAGUUCACCUGCCCUUUUUGUAACCACGAGAAAUCCUGUGAUGUUAAAAUGGAAAGAAGUCGAAACACAGGAAUAAUAUCUUGUACUGUGUGCUUGGAAGAGUUCCAGACUCCCAUUACUUAUCUUUCUGAACCUGUUGACGUCUACAGUGAUUGGAUCGAUGCUUGUGAAGCAGCUAAUCAGUAGCUCAUCUUUGAAGGGCCAGAGGUCACAGAAGACUACAUACUACUAGACUACAAGAUGUAUUUUUUUCUAUCAUGAAAUGUAUCAUCCAAAUUGUCUUUGGAUUGAAUCAAUUUUUUUCAGUCAAGCACAAUCACAGUGUUGUCUUUUGUUACUAUUCCCAGUGUAAAGGAACAAAGGAAAGAUUUGGUGCAUUUCAUAAUACCGGUUUCAAGCCACAUUUGUCUUUUGAGAACUUUUAGUUUGUGUUUUGGUUUUUAUAUGUUGAAUGAUUGGUCAAGUAAAUGCCAAUAAAACGUUUGCAUCUUCCUUGUUAGGAAGUUUGUGAUGAAA